AUGCGCAUCCACUCGACCCUUCAAUCGUUGUGGCUCUUCUCUCUUCUUUUGAGCUCGACGGCGGCACAGAUCGCCGCGCCGCCCUCGUACGACCUCGUCGCCCGGGCUGCGGCUGACGCCAGCGACCGCAACGCAUUCAAGCGACACGUGCAAGGGGUACUAUCCCACGUCGGUUUCAAGAGGCACAAGCGACACCCAGUUGCCGAGCUGGCUGCAACUUCUGCCAUCGUCCGACGUGACAAUUCGAGUAGCAGCUACGGUAACUCUCAAGCCAUCUCCUCGACCACAAAGUCGAACAGCACGUCCUCAACUUCGGCCUCUAAGGCGCUCAACGGUUACUGGUACGGUGCUUCGUCUUACUAUUUGUAUUCCAUCGCCGUUGCGGAUCGAAUCGCAAUCCUCGACACGCUGCAGAAGAAUGGCUUCAAGGUGGUGCGAAUCUUCAUCGCCUACGUCGGUGCUAACAACAAGGGGUCCAACAACCGUGAAGUCCAAGAUCGUAAGUUUCGAUCUUUGAUGGAAUACCAUGGCUCCCUUCUUGAUCGUGUUGGGCUUCUGCAUCGCGAUAUUUUGGCCGGGCUAGGGAGCUGACCUUCGGCCCCCUAUCUUAAAUUACGUUCCCGCAGUCGAGCCCAAGACGGUCGGCACCUACGACGACACGGUUGCUGGCCAUGAUUGACCAGCUGAUGCUUGAGUGCAAAGCACGCGGGCUCAAGCUUCUGAUUUCGAUGUGAGUGUUGUAACACCUUGGGGGCUCGAAGGGAAUGUCAAUGAAUAAUUGCUGACAACCUCCAUCUAUUCCUCACUGGUUCAUACGGGAGCAGGAGCGAUCGUUAUCAGCUUGGGUUCUGGGGAACGGAUGCAUAUGCAACCCAGCUUGAUAUCGUCAAAGCAGGUUCUUCGGGCGUACAGAAAGUGGCGGAUGCGUCGGCUUUCUAUACCUCGGCCUGGGCUAGUACCGCGCUCGACAACCGCAUCACCCACAUUCUGAACCACAAGAAUGCGCUGAUGGGCAACCAGAGCUGGGCGAAUCUCGAUGAAGUGAUCUACGCCUUCGAGGCCCAGAAUGAACCUAUGGGACACAUGGCACUUGCGUCGCCGACUUGGGUUUGUGAUCGCUCGGCGACGAUCAAAAAGCUUUUGCCUUCGGGUUCGUCGAUCCAAGUCUCGUCCGGCGGCGGAAUCACGACGCAGGCCUCCCUCGGAGGCUGGGCAACCUCGUGCGCCUCGAUCGACAUCAUCAGCGUCCACGACUAUGGUACGAAUGCCCAGGCGACGGCGAACGCCCUCAAAGCCGCCAAGGCCGCGAACCCGGACAAGACGGUGAUGAUGGGAGAAUGGGGCGUGGCCGGUGGACAGAAGGCAAGCACGAUCGCCGCAUUCGUGUCUGCCUUCAAGUCAGCUGGACUGCCUUGGAUGUACUGGGAGAUCGUCAAGCCUGGACAAGGCCCCGCCGAUUGUAAGUUGCGCGGCGGAUUCCUCCCCUGAGAAGGCAUUUGCUGACCUCGAACCUGGUUUACUGCACUCCUCCCGCUUCACAGUCGAAGUGUGGACCAACGAAGGUGCCUGGGGCGCUCUGGUGGGUGCGUCCUACUCGAACGAUCCUGUCACGGCGACGACGGCCGCUGCAGCUCGGGCCACGUCUCAACCCGCGACGACUCAAGCCGCGCAGGCGCAAUCGACCAAGUCCCAACAGACACAGACCCACGCUUCUGCAUCGCCGUCCGCGGGUGGCAACAAUGGACAGAGCAAGGCUGCUUCGUCCGUUCGAACUUCCGGCCAUGCCUCAGCCGCGGCCGCGACCAAGUCGGCUUCGAACAAGGGCGGCAACAAGGCCGAUGCCAGUUCCUCGCGUUAG